AUGGGUUGCUUGGUGUUGCCGGCCUCGUUACUGCGACGUCGUAGCAUGGGAUACCGGCCUCUAACGAAGGAGGAUGCAUACGGUGAGUUGGACCGACGAGUGGCGGUGAGGGUUUUGAUGAAGAAAGAUAAUGGAGGUGAGCUAAGUGAUGGUAAAAGGAGGGUGAUGCUGGUUGAUGUGGAUGCUAUCUUGUUUGAGCACAUGCUUUGGUUGAUGAAUAAUGAUUGUUCCUCACUGUUUCAGCUUAAUGUGGAGGAGAUUCUUGACUUUUAUUCUCAAGAGGGAGGAGAAGAAAAGACUCUUAGAGAAGAAACAAGAGUGUUCCUAGUGAGUCUAGAACCCGAGUUAAAGUAA